UUCUCACUCCCUCAAAAUGCUACUCCGGCGACUCCCCCUCCUCCUCCGCUCUCUCUCCGCCGCCGCCUCUCCUUCUCCAGCCCUCCACCAAACCCUAAACCCAUUUCCCUCAACCUCUCACUUUCUCUCUCCACCCCAUUUCUCUCUCUCCUCCUCCUCCAAACUCUUCUCUUCUUCUUCUUCUCCGCAACCGCUCCCCGACGAAACCCAACUCGCCCAAUCCAUCUCUUCCCACCUUCUCCAGCAACCGGAAUCCGAUGACGUCACCCAGACCCUCAAAUCCGCCUUCGCUGACGUCACACCCUCCCCUUCGUUGGUCCUCUCCGUCCUCAACCUCUCCACCGAAGCCGGCCGCUCCGUCCUAGGGCUCCACCGCUGGCUCGUCGACAACCCCAGCUUCCGCCACACCGACGAGACCCUCUCCUACUUCGUCGACUACUUCGGCCGGAGGAAGGACUUCAAGGCCGCCCACGACGCCAUCCUCGGCGCAGGCCGCGGCGUCGUGGGGCCGAAAACGCUGGCGGCCGCUGUGGACAGGCUGGUGAGAGCCGGCAGGCCGGGGCAGGCGGUGUCGCUGUUCGAGAAGAUGGAGGAGGAGUACGGGGUCAAGAGGGACAAGGCGGCGCUGAGGCUGGUGGUGGAGAAGCUCUGCGAAAACGGGUUUGCGAGCAAUGCCGAGAAGAUGGUCAAGGGUUUGGUGAAUGAGUUCUUCCCUGAUUAGUACACGUGUGAUUUGCUGAUCAAGGGUUGGUGUGUGGAUGGGGAGCUCGACGAGGCGAGGAGGUUGGCUGGGGAGAUGUAUAGGGGUGGCUUUUCGAUCGGGACGACUGCUUUCAAUGCUAUACUUGAUUGUGUUUGUAAGCUUUGCAGGAAGAAGGACCCUUUCAGGCUGCAUUCCGAGGCGGAGCAGAUUCUGGUGGAUAUGGAGUUCCAUGGGGUGCCAUGAAAUGUGGAGACUUUCGAUGUGUUGAUUACUAAUUUGUGUAAGAUUAGGAAGACCGAGGACGCGUCGAGUUUGUUUCAUAGGAUGGGGGAGUGGGGGUGUUCUCCCAACGAGGCGACGUUUCUUGAGAUGAUCAGGAGCUUGUAUCAGGCUGCUAGAGUUGGGGAGGGGGAUGAGAUGAUUGAUAGGAUGAAGUCAGCAGGGUUCGGGGAGGCUCUGGAUAAGAAGGCUUAUUUUGGGUUUCUGAAGAUUUUGUGUGGGAUUGAGAGGGUUGAUCAUGCUUUGUCUGUUUUUAAGAAAAUGAAGCAGGAUGGAUGCGAGCCCGGGAUCAAAACUUAUGAUCUGCUGAUGGGAAAAUUGUAUGCUCAUAACCGUGCUGAUAGAGCCACUGCUUUGUUUAAUGAGGCCCAAAAGAAAGGGGUGCCUGUGACACACAAGACAUACCAGGUGGAUCCGAAAUACUUGAAGAAGCCAAAGGCUAAGAAGGAGAAGACGAGGGAAACACUUCCUGAAAAGAUGGCAAGGAAGAGGAGACGUCUUAAGCAAAUUCGAUUGAGCUUUGUAAAGAAGCCCAAAAAGGGGAUGCGCCAAGCCUUCUGAUGUAUUUGAAGUUGGAACGAACACAUUGUCACCAGGAAUGAUAGAUUUGAUGUUUUCCAAUUUAUUGUGGUGUUUCAUGUUAUUGAGUUUGCUCUUUUUGUGCCUGGGUAGUAUUGUUCAUGAAUUUUUGACAUUAGAGAUAAAAUCUUUCCUUCUAAACUUGUGCCACACCCUAUUUUACUGUUUAUCUAUCCCCAAGUAUUCCACA